UUUCCUAUAGUUUACUUAAGUUGAGUUAUUGUUCUUUUUUACUACGUAGCCACGUAAUGGAUUAGUGAAGAACGACGACGAAUCGUGGUAUUUUAACAAGUUUGUCCAGCGGAUGAAUAAUCGGCAAGCCUUGAACGGCAUCGAAACGGUACUGCGGGAGAACGUCUCUUUCAUUUCUCGGACGAAUCCUUAUGUUAGUUUGUCGCGUGUCGUCGACGCGAUAGUACUUUGCGUGUUUCAGUCUGUCGCGACAUUUCUCAACUGGAACGACAGGGAAACGAAUCAGGAAAUCAAAAUGCAAAGGAAAUCGACUCUACCUCUUUUCAACGCACUACUUCAAAGUUAUUUUUGGAUAAUGGUUGUAGCCAGUGACAAACUUCGUGUGGCCUAUCAAUGGAAACAGCUUGAUUAUGAAUGGCCAAGUAACGAUACCGAGCUUCUAUUCCCAGAAUACAAGCAGGAAGAUAAUCUUCCCCUUGGCCUUGAGAUUACAAAUACUAGGAUCUUCGUUACUGUGCCAAGAUGGAGACGUGGUGUAGUUGCUAGUUUGAAUUACUUUUACAUUAACGAUACACGCGAGUCUCCUAGUUUAAUCCCGUAUCCUUCUUGGGAGGCGCAUCAAUAUCGAGCUGGAAACGUCCCAGAGAUCAUUUCAACGUUUCGAAUUCGUGCAGAUCGCUGCGAAAGACUAUGGGUUCUUGAUACAGGAUUUACUGAUAUUUUGGAUAGUCCAGAACAGCAAGCUCCACCAGCAUUACUCAUUUACGACUUAACAGACGAUCGUUUACUCCGAAAAUUCAUUAUUCCGGAAGAUCAAAAAACGCCUGACUCUCUUUUUGCAAAUAUCGCCGUCGAAGAUUAUUCUUGCGAAGAUACUUUUGCUUAUCUGGCUGACUUGGGUGGUCCUGGACUCGUAGUUUAUUCGUGGAAGUCGGAAAAUUCGUGGCUUCUUAAACAUCAUUUCUUUCAACCAGAUUCUCAAGCUGAAGAAUUCAAUGUAUCGGGAAUUUCGUUCCAAUGGACCGAUGGUCUCUUCGGUAUGGGUCUUGCACCAACUAACGAUGGCUAUAGUGUAAUGUAUUUCCAUCCACUUUCUAGCACCAUGGAAUUUUCAGUUAGUACUAAGUUACUAAGAGAUCCUGAACGUGCUACUUCUCCAGACAACUUCCAUGAAUUUCAUGCCCUAGGAUCUCGCGGACAUAAUGGUCAAAGUAGCGUGAGCUUUUUAGAUCCAGACACCGGAGUUCUGUUUUAUGCAUUAGCUGUUUUGAAUGCUAUUGCGUGCUGGAAACCUCAAAAUACGUUCACAAUCGAGCAACAAGGUUUUAUUUAUGUAGAUAACGUCACAAUGGUUUUUCCCAACGAUUUAAAGAUUGAUCGAAAAGGGAAUAUUUGGAUACUCUCGGAUCGUUUGCCUACUUUUAUGUACUCUCGCCUGGAUCCUGAAGAUUAUAAUUUUAGAAUCGUUACGGGUUCGGUUAAAGAGGCUAUAAAAGGAACUGUUUGCUCGAUGAAUCCAUCUUCAACUACGAACAAUCCGCACGAUUCUACGACAGAAGUGCAGACCGUUUAUCCUAAAUAUCCAAAAAUGGCAGAGAAUUCCGGUUACGUUCACAAUUCUGAAUUGAUUUCUAUACUGAUCAUCGUUAUAACAAUUUCUGUAAGAAUAUUUAUCUGAGAAUAUAAUUGUAUCAUUUUUAAUAACUGUAACAAUUUAUGGAGCAUUUCUCGAAAUAUCGAGAAUUCGAAUUUCGAAGAAUAUCGAUGCUUAUAUACGAGCAGGAAGAGAUUGAAACGAGAUGCUUAGGUAACGGGUUAAGUAAUAAAUAAAUGAAUGUUAUGCUUGGUUUUCUGUGUAUUAUGAUAUAAUCGAUUUCUGCAAAUGUCGUAUAUGAUUGAGUUUCUUGUAUAAUAUAUGUACCUUAAUGUAACGUUUCGUAUGCGUUCUUGCAGAAAGAGCUAUUUUAUUUAUAAUUUACGCAUCAUCUUGAAUUUUGAAAUGUUGAUAUCUCCUAUUAUUACUUAAAUAUCUUAUCUACAACAUACAAGUUUUUCCUUAUUAUAUUUGAAUUGCAUAGAAAUAUUUUUGGAGGUUUUGAUUGUAGUACUUAAAAAAUGAAGUUCAUAAAAUACACGACUGAUCACAUAGUAUUAUUAGUUAUAUUAUCUACGUUCUCAGAAAUAAUUAGAAAUUAGAAAUAAUAAGCAAAACUCACGGAUGGAACAUUACUAUACCAUAUUUUACAACUACCGGAAACAAAAAAAUGUAAUGUGAACAGCUGCUGUUUCAUGGUGUUAUGCUGUUAUACUAAACUAUAUUGUCAUGUAGAAAUAAAAGUUCAUGUAGAAAUUUGUUAUAAAUGGAGUUAACAGACGUUCGGAAAACGUUUAUGUGCUUCGUUCUAUACAAUCUGUUAUGUGCAGUUGAAAAGAUUCGGAUAUAUAUUUUGUAAAAUUCGAUAUUUAACAGUUUAUCAAUGUUUAUGUUCAUAAAAAUAGAAAAUUUUAAGAAAGUCUGAAUUAUUAUAGAAUUAAGAAAAUCUAAUUGGUAACUGGCAUCUAAAACGUAAAUGAUUAGAAUUCGAAGACUUAUUUGAUAUCAAUGAAAUGGUACAGACAUUAAUAAUGGCUGCAACUUGUGACUUAAUUUUUUAAGAGAGGAAAGAGUUACAAUUGACAGUAAUUUAAAUAUAUCGCUAUAUUUAAUGUAAAAAGAAAGAAUUAUUAUAAAUGUAAUAAAUAAAUAUAUAUAUAUA